UAUUUGAUGUCACUUCUUCUUUUGUCUGACCAUCUUAUGCCUCCGCUGACUUCAGAAUUCUAUGUCUUCGCAGUAUAUAACGACGAUCUACUACAAGCCGACAUGAAAGCAGCUUCGGGACGAUGUACUUGCGUCGGGCUACGAUCAUCCAUUCACAGACAUUCUUCUGCAUAGAGUUCCCUCCAUAGCCAUCCUCCCGUCAUCUCACUCCAUACCGUCUCACCACACAUCACGUCUCGUCCCGCACCACGAUGAUUCGAUCCGCUUCCGCCUGUUGUAUGUACUCAACAUUCUCCUGGGCUCCGCCGUGCUGUCCGACUACUAGAGAUGUACAAGAUGGACCCGGCGGAGCCCCCGCUUCCUCCUAGACUGCCUGACGGGCGACCCUACGGUCGCGCUGCCCCGCCGCGGCCUCCCUUCACCCACCCAGGCCCCUACUCAGCGAGAAACCACCUUGACAGCAACAUCCGUGUAUCUAUGCAUCAGUGCUCGCUCGCCCUGUCUAUCCCAUUUACCCCGCGAGUGGCUCCUCUGCUUUUGUCGCCAUCAUCAUGUUACGCACUAUGUAUCAUGCCCCUCUGUUUCGCAUGUGUUGCUUGUCCUCACUGGUCUACGAGUAGCCCGUCUUGCAUAUUAUACCACCUGACUCGCAUGACCCUGCAACUGGAACUUGAUAGUUGUCCGUGUGCUAUGCUCGCUGCCCCGCUACCUGAUAUCAGCCUACCCCAUCGUGAGGGUGAUGUGGGUCAUGACUCGAAAGUUUGGACGUUUGAACUUUUGGCAGCGCAGUAAUUUGCAACAGCCUGGAUCGUGCGUAUACUACCACUCCCGUCGCAGCUGCCAGUUCUUUUCAUUUCCGAGUACACGUUCGAAUGAUGAAUCAUUUGAAUUUGU